AUAGCUGGAGAAAAUGUGACGUUGUACUGUCAGCUGGCUGAAAGCUAUGAUGUCGUUCAGGUUACCUGGCAGAAGGAGCAUGGGAAAGACAAGACCAAUAUAGCUACUUACAGCACAACUCAUGGUCCUAAAGUCCUGGGCAAAUAUCAGAAUCAUGUGCAUAUUUCUCAAAGUGGGCUGAGUGUUUCUACCAUCACUUUUCAUGCUGUUACAGUCAAGGAUGAAGGCUGUUACAGCUGCAUCUUUAACACAUUUCCCUUGGGAUCCAUGCCAGGCAGGACAUGUCUCCAGGUCUAUG